AUGUUCACUUUUAAACCGUUCUUCUUACUUCUUUCCCUUCUUGUGUGCGCUGUUCAGGCUGUUCACUUUGACAUUCCGGCCAAGUUGAAUCCAGAAAGCUUUUGCUUGCGUGAAUAUGCUGGAGAAAAAGCAGUGAUGAUUGUGUUUGUGAAAACAAGCGGUAACCGUGGUGAUGGUCAAAAGCUUAGCAUGGAAAUUAAAGACUCUCAAGGCACUGUUCAUUCAAGUGUUCAAAAUAUCAUUGAUGAAGAGCGCAUUGUCUCGGAUGUAUCCAGACCUACUGUGAUUGAUAUUUGUUUUAAGAAUACUUUGCAACCAGGUGCUAUGGAAUCUGAACACAAAAAACGUUCUAUCAAGCUAGACUUCAACAUCGGAGCUGAUGCUCAAGAUUACUCUGCUUUACAAAAAGCUUACAACCUUGAACCAGUAGAAGCUGAUCUUCAGCGUGCAAAGGACUUUAUAAAUGAGGUGAAAGAUAAAAUGUACUACUUACAAGCCCGCGAAACUAAAUUCCGCAAUACCAACGAAAGUACAAAUGGACGUGUCAAAAACUUUGCUUACCUUACCUUCAUUACCUUGAUCGUAUUGGUAACUUGGCAAAUUCUUUAUCUUCGUUCUUUCUUCCAGCGAAAGCACCUUAUUCCUUAA